CUUCGCCCGCCCUAACUGACAAGGCCUCCCUCACUAAAGAUGGCGACACAGCCUUCACGCGCGUAGCGUCGCCGGUCCUCACGCCACGUAUCUCCCUCCGAACGGCAGGAGCGGCAAGGGGAGAGGAAGGGGAGAAAGGGCGCGCCCUAAACUGAAAUGGCCGCCCAGCCUUCACUUGGGAAGGGAGAGGGAGAAUAUCCCCCUGUGUAAAGGGGCGGGGAAGGGGAGGGGCUUCAGAGAAAGUGAAACUGGGGGGGUGGAGAGGAGGAGGAGGGGGAGAUUUACCUUGAAGGGAAGAUUGGCUUCUCUCUCCCCGCCCCUCUUGCGCCCCUAAAUCGAGAGAGAGCCCCCCCAUUCCUGAGGAAGGAAAUCCAACACCCCCCUUUUGCCCAGCAUUUUGCCUUCCUCUGCCUCCCCCGCCCCAAGUGUUCACUUUCUUCCUCCCCCCAGCCCCAUUUCUGAGUCUGGUCCUGUGUUCCCCCCUUACUUAUUAGGCACCAGCUCCCCUCAACUUUCUUUGUGGGGGGGAAGCCUUGCCACAGUCUGAUGUUCCCCCCCACGGCUGUCCUCUCCCCACAUUUGAGUCUCCCCUUUCCCCUUUUGCACACUCCCCCCCCCGGAUUUCAGCUGUUCCUUUACCAAGUCCCUCUUUCUUAAUACCCCCCAAUGGGAAAGUAUUGCCCCCUCCCCAUUCCACCUUUUGAAAGCGUCCCUCUUUUAAGCCCCCUUUCUUUUUUGUGGGGUGGCUGGAGAGAGGGGGUGCCCCCUUUGAUUUCUGCCACUUUCCCUGCCUGAGGUCCUACUGCCUGGAAGGAAGAGGUGGGGGGGACACCCCUUCUGGGGGAGGGAGACCCCCGCUGUGCUUUGCUAGCCUGAGGGGGGAGAGAGCGGAAGAGUGCCAAGGCUUGAGUGCCAGCGCUUGACCUGGAGCCAUGCCCCGUCUGGAGGAGGUGGCCAACGUGGUGCUCCGCGUGCCCAGCAUUGCUCUCUUGGACUUGCUCUACCGGUGGGACGUGCAGGCCUUUGCCGAGAUGCUGCACCCCAGGUCCGAGGCGACUUACCUGCAGCGGCAUCACCUGUGGAAUGUCUAUUAUGCAGGUCAUGCGGUGUGUCUGGUGGUGCUGAUGCUCCCAAUCCAGUCUCUUGUGAAGUUGUAUCUCUACAUCCUGACAGUAUUGCUGCUCUAUGUGGGCCACCAGACUGCCAGGGACUACAUCCGUCAUGAGAUGGAACGUGAAUUCCAUGGUGCCGUGUACAAUGAUCCUGUGGCGCUCAGCCUCUUUGCCACUGCGCUCACAGGUCAAGUCAUUGUCGUCACCCUCUGCGCCCUCCUGCUGAAAACCAAGCAGGUGUGGCUGUUCGGUCCUCUGCUCCUUCCUUUGGCCGCCCGGCUGUGUUGCCUCCCGCUCCACACCCUGCCCCUGGUCAACAGCUUGGCCACGGCCCUUACUGUCCUGGAGGCGCUCUACGUCGCAUCUUCCGGCUUGUCAGUGCCUCUCCGCUGGGCAGCUGCCGCCUGCAGGGAGGUUCCACAGGUGCUGGAGGUGUACCGGCUGAUCACCCUGGGGAUGUCCCUCUGGAGGCAGCUGGCUGUCCCACUCUUGUUCCUGGUCUUCUGGCUGGCCCUCUUCACCCUGCAGCUCUAUGCCUUGGUCUCGGCCUCAUCCGGCAACCUUUUAUCCCAGCAAGGGUUGCCCUUCCUCCUCCUAAGCAGUGUGGCCGAAUGUUGCAGCACCCCAUACUCCCUUGUUGGGCUCACAUUCGCCGUCUCUUACCUCGCCUUGGGGCUGCUCAAACUGUGCAAGUUCUACCUGGCAGGCUUCAGCGCAUUCCAGGACGGUAAUGCGAUGCACAGGGGUGUGACAGAGGGCAUGACCUUACUGCUUCUCGCCCUCCAGACGGGCCUGUUGGACUUGCAGCUCCUCCAAAGGACCUUCCUUCUCAGCAUCAUCCUCUUCAUUGUGGUGACAUCCACCCUGCAGUCCAUGAUCGAAAUAGCCGACCCCAUCGUGCUGGGUCUGGGGGCUUCACAGAACAGGAGUCUCUGGAAGCACUUCCGCGGGGUCAGCAUGUGCCUGUUCCUGUUGGUCUUCCCCGGCUUCAUGGCGUACAAGAUCGCCCACUUCUUCCGCAUGGACUUCUGGCUCCUGAUCCUCGUCUCCAGCUGCAUGCUGACCUCGCUGCAGGUGAUGGGAACCCUCUUCAUCUACGCCCUCUUCAUGAUCGAGUUCUUCCAGGACACACCGAUGGAGAAGAUGGACGAGAUCAUCUACUACAUCAACGCCGUCAGCCGCGUUCUGGAGUUCCUGGUGGCGGUCUGCGUGGUGGCCUACGGCACCUGGGAGUCUAUCUUUGGGGAGUGGAGUUGGAUGGGGGCCUCUGUUAUCAUCAUCCACUGCUACUUCAAUGUCUGGCUGAGGGCCCAGUCGGGCUGGAAGAGUUUCCUGCUCCGCAGAGAGGCGGCCAAGAAGAUCCGCUUGCUGCCAAGGGCCACCAGGGGGCAACUAGAGGGCCAUGAUGACGUGUGUGCCAUUUGCUUCCAGGAGCUGACCCUUGCUGUAAUCAUGCAGUGUGGCCACUUCUUCCACGAGGACUGCCUGCGCAAAUGGUUCUUCGUGCAGGACACCUGUCCCCUCUGCCACCAGCCCGUCAACCUCUUGGCCAGUAAGGAGGGUCCUGCAGACCAAGGCGGUGCACAAGAGGCAGAGCCUGCACCAGAGAGGGAGGAGGCUCCCGGGAAUGAAGAAUACGCGGCCCGGGGUUGUGCGGAGUGUCCCAGUUGUGACAGGACUGUGGAGGCUGGUGAGUCUAGCAGGAUGGAACAGCAAGGCCCCCUCUCAGCAGAAGCCGCAGGGGAAGACCUGCAGCCAUUCAGUGGUCCAGGAGAGUCAGCAGUGGAGAAGGUUCCCUGCCAAAGCACUCCCCGGAGGGAACGGGGCGCUUCCGCCACAACAGGAAAUAGUGACCAAGUGCCUUUUAGGCUGGAUUUCCCACCUCUUCUGAAAAGCCCUGUGAAAGUACAUUCCGGGGACUGGCUUGGCAGCUCUGGAGAUCCCGUGGUCCCAGAGCAGGACACUCCAGGUGGUGGCUCUCCUGAAACAGAGAACGAGUUAUCCAACACAUCAGGCAACGUUGGCCCUCAGCACUUAGCUGCUCUGGGAAUUCCAGCUGAGGAAUAUCUGGAGGGCACAAGCCCAACCCUGGUUGCUAUCUCCCCUUCUGCAACAGCAGAGGACAAAGUCAUCUUGGUCAAGACCCAGCAACAACAAGGCGACGUCAGUGACAGCCUUGCCCCGUCAGUCAAUUUUGACGGCAAAACUAAAGACAGUGUGGGUUCUCGCACCACCUUGUCCCCUUCUUAGCCUUCACUUGCCAUCUCCCUCCUUCCCCCACCUCCCCAACCCAUCCUGUCAGGUGGAGGUAUCCAACAGCUCAGGAAGUCGAUAGCCACAGUUAGACAAUCGCAGCCUGCGUUGGAUCUAGCAAAGAGUGCUUGGUCUCUGACCUUUGUCUGGAGCCAGGAGAACCAAAGCAAACCUCUCCUCUCUGGAGUGCUGAUGGAUCCUGCUUAGCCUUCUCCCCAUCUCUCCUCCAAGUUGUAUGUUAGACUUCCUAAACCACAAGGAGACAUCAGACAACUUUUUGUUUUACCUCAUUGCAUUAUCCCAAGCACCUGCUGCCAUCUUUUAAAGCUUUUUUGCGCUGGCCGCAACAUGAGUACACGCUAAAAUGCGACCCAGUAGUAUUGCAUUUUUUAAAAGCCAAUGCUGAAAUCCAAGAUGGUGGCAGCAUCGUUUCAGAAUGGUGGCAGGACCCCAUGGCUGCCUCCCAGAGUUUAGAGUACUUAUGCAUCUCACCCACUAGGCACCUAUAAACUCUAGCAAGUGUGUGAAAUACAGGGGCCCAAAGAAGGGGUCCAUGCAAGGUUUCCCCAGGUCAGCCUUGCAAAAUGGCUAGUGAGCCCAGGAGUCCCUGCAGGCAUUUGGGCCACCACCAGACCUUUGUAGGGUUGGUGCCACUGGCCAGUUUUUGUGUUAUUGUAUUAUAGAGCACGUGCUUCCAAUGGCUGUGGACAGCCAGAGAACUUUGCUUGUGAGCUAAAUAAAUAAAGCAGCCUGAUGGUC